AUGGCGUACGCGAUGUCUUCGACGGCAUACGAGUCCGACUGGUCGUCGUCGGCGUCCGUGUCAUCUACGGGCCAAACCCUGACCUCCGAGUCCACGCCACACGUCAUCAGCCUUUGGGAUCAAUUCAAUGGAUCAGCUGUUGUGGCGAUCGGUGUAUCACUUGUUGCCGUCGAUGAACGUGCAGUCCGUGUGUCCGUCGCAGUGACCAAAACGUGUGACACAAUCCACGUUAGCGUUAGUGUCGGCCAUAAUGGAGGUGUGGAUGAAGUGGCGGAUGAGAUGAUGGCGGAGAUGUCUUCACGCUAUCAUUGCGACUCGCAAUCCACCAAAAAGGGCGUAACUCACGCCUCACAACAGCCGCACGUAUACGCGUACGAAACCCACCCGGUUUGGUUUAUGAAGUCGUAUGAGAAGUGUAUUGGUAUACGCGGUGAUGGUGUGCGAGAAACGGCACAAAAUAAACUUAUCUAUUGCUUACGUUCCCGGAGAACUAUUCACUCGACUCUAUUGCACGAAGACUUUCGAGACGUUUCUCACAUCACUGUAUAA